AUGAGAUCGAUACAGUUACACUUCACUUUUUUUGUCCUGUACAUUAGCGCAGCUUCCAACUCGGCCGUCGAAGCGUUCCUUUCUUCUCAUGGCAAGCAUCACCACAAGAACCAGCUGCAACAAAGAUCACCAGUUUCAUGUUUGCGCAGUACCGAACCAAAGAAAGAUGAUGUGUCUCCCUCCACCGAUCUAUUAGAAAAGGCAAAAAAACUACGAAACGAAGCGCAACAAUUGGAACAAAAGCUACGAGAAAACCCAAAAGCUACGAGAAAUGCCGCUGCCGCGAACUAUACCAAAGUCACUAGACCGACCAAGUUAGAAGAAUCCAUAUGGACCUUUUCCUACCGCUUCUCUAGUCAACCAAAGGACGAAGACGCCGAAGAUUUGAUCCUUCCCAAUUAUUCGGGCAAAAUUACCGUUCGAUUGACCGCUGAUGGAUAUUCCGAAGUGGUAUCCAACGAGGAAAAUCAAUUGAGAAUUGGUAAAGUGUGGGGAUGGGACGAAGACUACUCGCAAGAGGAUAAGCAGAAAUAUCUGCUCUUUUCCAUGGACGUUCAAUUUCCCAAAACUGAUCCCCUCAUGGCGGAACGAGUCGAACGGUGUUAUCUACAAUGUCGUAUUGAUCGAGACCCAAACGACAAUUCAAUCUCGCUCAAUGAAGGAACAGUGACAGUCAAGAAAGAUAUCUCCAACAAGUCGAACGGAUUGUGGGGAAUCUUUCAAGUGUCGGGAAUUCUAACGCAAUUUCGCUACGUAGGUGACUUUAGUUCCAAACCAGCACCGCAACCAAUACAUUCAUGA